UUGAGUGUGGUAUUAAGAAAACAACACAAGUUAUAAUCUCUUCCCCGCAACUGUAACAUUAUUAUUCAAGCACACUGCACCAUUCCCUCGGGUUCAAGUUUCCUUAUCAACAUUAUUUGAAGACACCCUUUUCCAUCUCUCUAUACACACACAAAACACCAAUUUUGAGAUAAGAAGAACAUAGAAAGAUCUCUUGCUAAUCAAAUAUUACAUGCCAAUGAUGCCAUCCAAAUUCAUCUGUGUCUGAUUCAUGAGCAUGGUCCCUCAGAGAAGUUGAAUACCAAGAACAAAAAAUUGCUGAAGAAACUCACCCUGUUCACUUAGUCUAUUUCUUCUUCUGUCACAACCUUCACCUUUACAACAAAGAUAGCUACAAAUUUUGUGUAUAUAAUAAAUAUAACCAAAGCAUUUUAGACUCUAACCACCAAAGAUUCAUUAUCCAACUAGAGAAAACUUUUCAACAUCAACAACCCUCAUGAGGCUUAUUGUUUUUUCUCUAACUCUUCUCCUCGUAACAAUCGAGAAAGCAGAAUCCAUAAGCAGAGCAGAUUUUCCAAAAGGGUUUAUAUUUGGAACUGCUUCUUCAGCUCACCAGUUUAACAGAGAAAUUAAACGUUUUCUGUCACAGUUUGAGGGAGCAGCUGAUGAAGGAAACAAAGGAGAUAGCAUAUGGGAUACUUUCUCAAGGAUACCAGGGAGAAUUGUGGAUUUCAGUAAUGCAGACAUGGCAGUGGAUCAAUACCACCGAUUUCAGAAUGAUGUAAACCUGAUGAAGGAUUUGGGAAUGGAUUCUUACAGAUUUUCCAUAUCAUGGACGAGAAUUUUCCCAAAAGGAACAGGGGAACCCAAUAAAGAGGGAAUAAAAUAUUACAACAGCCUCAUUGAUGCUUUGCUUGAAAAAGGAAUUCAGCCUUUUGUUACACUGUAUCACUGGGAUCUUCCACAAAUGCUUGAAGAUGAAUAUGAAGGAUGGUUAAGCACACAAAUCAUAAAAGAUUUUGAGCAUUAUGCAUAUACAUGCUUCAAAGCUUUUGGAGACAGAGUUAAGCACUGGAUUACCUUCAAUGAGCCACAUAAUUUUGCACUCCAUGGUUAUGAUUUAGGAAUUCAAGCACCAGGAAGAUGUUCCUUGUUAGGUCGUCUUCUAUGCAAGAAGGGAAAAUCAUCCACUGAGCCAUACAUUGUUGCUCAUAAUAUUCUCUUAUCGCAUGCUGCUGCCUACAGAAGCUACCAACUACAUUUCAAGGAAGAACAAGGAGGACAAAUAGGAAUAGCACUAGAUGUUAUAUGGUAUGAACCAAUAACAGAACUUGAUGAAGACAGAGAUGCAGCAUCAAGAGCUAUGGACUUCUCACUUGGAUGGUUCCUUGAUCCACUUUUCUUUGGAAAAUACCCUCUCUGGAUGAAGAAACUUGUAGGUGAGAGAUUACCAGAGAUUUCUUCUGCAACCUCAAAGUUUCUUGUGGGAUCUUUGGAUUUUAUUGGCAUAAACCAUUACACCUCAUUAUAUACUCGUAACGAUAGGACUAGAAUUCAUAAACUGGUUAUGCAAGAUGCUCUUUCUGAUGCUGCAGUUAUUACAACAGCAUACCGAAGAGGAGCUGCAAUUGGAGAAAAGGCAGCUUCAAGUUGGUUGCACAUUGUCCCAUGGGGCAUCAGAAAGUUGGUAAAGCAUGUGAAAGACAAAUAUGGGGACACACCAGUAAUUAUAACAGAGAAUGGAAUGGAUGACCCAAGCAAACCCUUUAUGACCUUACAAAAGGCCUUAAAAGAUGAGAAGAGGAUAAGAUACCAUAGAGACUAUCUUUCAAACUUAUCUGCUGCUAUAUGGAAAGAUGAUUGCAAUGUACGAGGUUACUUUGUAUGGUCAUUGCUUGACAAUUGGGAGUGGAACAUGGGAUACACUGUACGGUUUGGACUUUACUAUGUAGAUUUCAAGAACAAUCUUACUAGGAUACCAAAAGAUUCUGUGCAAUGGUUCAAAAACAUGCUCAGAAUAGAUACAGAAAGGGGUAGUGAUAUUUGAAUUGUCGUCAUUAUACAUGAGAAAGCAUUUAGUAGUUGAAAAAUUCAUCGGAAAUUAAUGAAUGAAAAU